UUGUCAAUGGCCAUCAAUGAUCUGUCAAUUUUGUAAGUAGUUUUUGUGCUACGUGUGUAGAAAUGUUAAAUAUGCGAAUAUUAUAAUAUCUAACUCUACAUACAUUGUACAUACUUAAAGAAAAUACUGGGAAACCUCUAUAGUUUCAGUAUGAAACACAUUAAAGGAAUAUUGCUUUUUUUAUUUGUUACUGGGGCGUUUUCAGAUGAGCAUAGUCACAUAUAUGAAGAUAACGAUGAGGUAGUACUAUGGAUGAAUACAGUAGGCCCAUAUCAUAAUAGGCAAGAGACUUAUGCCUACUUCUCGCUUCCAUUUUGUGCAGGCCCUAAGACACACAUUGACCAUUAUCAUGAGACUCUUAGCGAGGCUCUACAAGGGGUAGAACUAGAAUAUAGUGGUAUUGACAUUGAAUUUAAAAAUAAUGUUCCCAGGUUUCAAUACUGUGUGGUUUAUUUAGAAGAAGAAAAGUUUAAAGCCUUUGUUUAUGCAGUAAAAAAUCAUUACUGGUAUCAAAUGUACAUUGAUGAUCUUCCUAUUUGGGGUGUAGUUGGAGAAGUUAAAGAUAAUAAUUAUUAUAUUUGGACACACAAGAAAUUUGAAAUAGGUUACAAUGGAAAGCAAAUCAUCGAUGUUAACUUAACUUCAGAAGAAAAAGUUCUACUAGCACCGAAUAAUAAACUAAAUUUUUCUUAUGAGGUUAUAUGGAAAAAGACUGACACAAAAUUUGAAGAUAGAUUUGAUAAAUAUUUAGAUCACAAUUUUUUCCAACACAGAAUACAUUGGUUCAGUAUUUUUAAUAGUUUUAUGAUGGUUAUUUUCCUGGUUGGCUUAGUUUCAAUGAUCUUGAUGAGAACUUUAAGGAAAGAUUAUGCCAGAUAUAGCAAAGAUGAUGAUAUUGAUGAUAUGGAAAGAGAUUUAGGGGAUGAAUAUGGUUGGAAACAAGUACAUGGGGAUGUAUUUAGACCGGCCUCAAAUCCCUUAUUAUUUUCCGCUUUGAUUGGUGCAGGUCAUCAACUUACAACUGUAGUUCUUAGUGUUAUUGUGUUUGCCAUAUUAGGAGAACUAUAUACUGAACGCGGAAUGCUGCUGUCGACGGCCAUAUUUGUCUACGCCGUAACUUCCCCUGUCAACGGGUACUUUGGUGGAUCACUGUAUGCGCGUAUGGGCGGAAAAUUAUGGAUUCGACAAAUGGUAGCUUCUGCAUUCAUGCUGCCGGUGUUCGUUUGCGGAACGGCAUUUUUCAUUAAUUUCAUUGCCAUCUAUUAUCACGCGUCGAGGGCCAUACCUUUUGAGACUAUGAUAGCUGUGGUUUGUUUGUGUCUCUUCGUUAUUUUGCCACUCACUUUGGUAGGCACGGUGUUGGGCAGGAAUUUGGCUGGCCAACCUGAUUAUCCAUGCAGAAUAAAUGCUGUGCCAAGACCAAUUCCAGAGAAAAAAUGGUUUAUGGAGCCAGGUGUGAUCAUUUUGCUAGGGGGUGUUUUGCCUUUUGCUAGUAUUUUUAUUGAAAUGUACUUUAUUUUCACAUCGUUUUGGGCCUACAAAAUCUACUAUGUCUAUGGUUUUAUGCUGCUCGUUUUUCUGAUACUGAUUAUUGUUACGAUAUGCGUCACGAUCGUUUGCACAUACUUCUUACUGAAUGCAGAAGAUUAUCGCUGGCAAUGGACCUCAUAUUUGGCGGCCGCCUCUACCGCUGCCUAUGUUUACGUCUACGCAAUUUACUAUUUCUUUUUCAAAACAAAGAUGUACGGAUUGUUCCAAACAACAUUUUACUUCGGAUACAUGGCCCUGUUCAGCGGUGUCCUAGGUAUCAUAUGCGGUACCGUUGGCUACAUAGGUACCAGCGUAUUCGUAAGGAAAAUUUACUCUACUGUUAAAAUCGACUGAGAUGCAUACACGGUAAAAAUUGGACUAUUUGGUUUAAAGAAAAUAUGAACAAAAUAUUUUCUACAAUGUUAAAAAAAGUUUUUUAUGUAAAUAUUUGUUACUGAUUGCUGGAAUGAAUGCGAAAAGGAUGGACGAAGAGAAUGUAUGUGUAUUCAUGUUUCGACGAUAUGAUAAACCAUUAGGCCAUUAUAUUUCGUUCAAAAUAGUUUAAAUUAUAUUUUUUUAAUUUAAUUUUUGAUUUUUUUGGGAAAAUCUAUUUCUACAUUCGUAAUUGAAUUUGACUUUUUUAAGUUUUCAUAAAAUACAUUGAUAAAGUCUUGUGAUAAAAUUGCACUACAUAAUAUUAUAUUUUAAAUUCUCAAUGUCUAUGUUAUACACACAAUAUCUAUUGCAUAUACUUGAAGGUUGUAUUAACUUGGUCAAUUUGUUAUCUUUAUUAUAUGUGAUUUUACUACAGUUAAUAAAUACAGAGUCUUUUAAAAAUAUUUUUGAGUAAUUAUACAUAAGAUUGCCCAAUGUUUUUAAAACACUCUGUCCAAUAAAAUAUUUAUUUAACACUUUUCGUGUAAUGUGCAGUAACACACUUUCUCUAUUUUUCUAUUUUGUAUCAAGAUAAUUCGAAAUGCAAAUGUUUUUGAUUUGAUAAAGUAAAAGUUCUUGCGGUACAUUUGAACUACCGCAUAUUCUUUAACACAGGGCUUAUGCAGUUCAAGAUUACUAAACUUAUCUUGAGACUGCAUUGCUGUAUUAGAGUUAUCUGUUGUUUAAUUAAUAUGAAUAGUCACUCUACUAUAUUAGUAUAUAACGGAAACUGUAAAGAUAGUAUUAAUAAAUUAAUAAAAAUAAA